CAUGUAUAAUCGAUAAUAUUCUGAAAGACCCCAUAGAAUACUUACGGUCAUUGAAAUGUGACAGAGUAGGGAGUUUGCUUCGAAGUUCGUUGGAACCUUGCGUCGCAGACGGUUUGGGAAUGCCAGAUCAUGCUGAAGAAAGCGAUAAUUAUUUUCGAGAAGCUAAACGGACACUGCAUUUGUCUGUUCACAGGCUGCACUAUUCGUUUAUCUGUGAAACAGCAUACCAUUGGAUUGGUCUGCUACAACACGUUAGUGCGGGUGACGAUCUUGAUACAUGUAUAACAUAUCACAGGAGACUUAUCGGGCUCUUGCGAAAUACCACCAAGAUGAGCGAAAUGACGUCACAGCAAUUAAAUUACGUUCAGCAAGCCAGUGAAUAUGUUCUUCCAUUCCUACUCACUAGUUAUGGCUCGCAGCUUGCAUCUAAAUCGUUGUUGCAGCCCAAUGGCGACACAUACGAACAGGCGAUGGCGCAUUUAAAAACUGGCCAACACUCAGACGCACUUUCGGGAUCAAUUAAACUAGCCGCUAUCCUGUAUGCUAUGGAAAAGUAUGAAGACUGUUUGAAGCUACUCAAUGACAAAGAAAGAGAGAUUGCUCCGGAUCUUAUUACUAUCGGUAUGUGUGGCAGAAAGAGGGAAGAUUUUACGCACACAGUCUUGAUCAAUGAUAGACUCGUGAACAAAAUCAUUAACAACAAAAUGACGUCAUCGGAAGUGUUACGCGAGAAUACGUGUGCAUGCGUCAUAUUUCUGCCAUCAGAAAUGCCUUUAAUUCCAAAAGAACUCCAAUACGAGUUGUUCCGCUCCUUUUGUUCUGAGACCGAAUUUAGCCAAGAUGUGAAUUUUUGGUUUGAUUUCGUUGCCGUCGACUCUAAAGUUCUUUUGUACUACAUGCUCUACCUGGUCCACAAGAAGUUGGGACACAGACGUGACAGGAACGAUGCAUUUUUGUUCUUGAACAUUUUUUUGGAGAAAGACUUCAACCUGUGUCAUGCUGAGACUGGCUUUAAUUUAGUGGGAACAAUUCUAAGAGAUAUGGGUCACUUGGAGUCAGCAAUGUCUUUAUUCAAAGAUUCCUGGACGAAAAGGCCUGACCAUAAUGCAGCAAAAUGGCAGGCGCUUAUAACGUGUUACCUUUACUACAGGACUGUAACAGAAGAGGAUUUCAAAAUAGAGCAAGAGUCAUUGGAAUCGGAAGAACAUACAGAGCAUGAGGUUGACGAUGUGGAAAAUGAAGCUGAAAACGAAGAAAAUAUUAUUUACCAGCGAUGUGAGGGUGUUUAAAUCUGAGAAUCGAUUGAUUUGUCGACUUUUUUUACAAUUAAUGGUUUAAACUAGGGGUUGCACCGUGUGUACUUGUGGAUAAAAAAAUGUUACAAAUACAUGCACAAUAAUGCGAUCACAUGUGGUAUAACAAUGAACAUGUAAUUUUUUUUUAUUCUACAGAAAAUGUUUUGAAUAAUAUCAAACAAUCGAAGUAUUAGAAAUGCUUACACAUAUAUGUACUUCAAACAACGAACAUAUUGUAACGGAUUUAACGACUUAUGUUUUUGUCGGAGUAUAUGAAGGAAUAAACUGUCGCAGAAUAAAAUCAAUAAUUGUUAAUAAAAAAGGCAUAAUUAUAACCCAAAACACUGAACAAGAGGGCCAUAAUGGCGCACAUGAAAUCAUACUGUGACAGGUUUAAUAAUUAUGCUAAAUAAACAUAUCUGAAGAUUACGUCUGCAUUUUCGGAGAGGGUAAUGAGACGAAACAAAACUUGUCCGACUGAUGUGAAGGACCAAUGCUACAAGCCACUAGCGCACCAAACCUGGAGUACGUGUCGACAGUAUGUGGACCAUAUACUGCGGCAAACAUAUCCCAGCUAAAAGCAGUACAGCGCAGAGCUGCCUGGUUCGUGAAGGGAGACUACAGGACAACACGCAGCACAAGCCAAACGAUCGCCUCUCUGCGAUCCCUGCAAACCCGGCGUACUGACUCCCGACUGGUAUUGAUGUACAGGAUAACCCACUAUCUCCUAGAAAUACAAGGCAACCUUUACCUCAACCCAGCUACUGUGUCCCUACAGAGAGGGACAUUUGUAUGUUUCCUGGUUCCAAUCUGCCGAAGAGACCUGUACAUGCACUCCUUCUUCCUAGCAGCCAACCGACUCUGGAAACAGCUGCCUUUGACACAGCUUCAACGCCUGCCUGGUCACUCAGUCCUAGAUCAAAAGCACAGUUUUUACCUGAUUUUAUCCUUCAUUUAGUUUUUUCUACCUCACAACGACCUUGUACAGUCACAAUGCGUCAAUGCUGCAGAGAAUCCUUGCACUUGACGGGAAGAAGAAGAUAUUUAUGCUAAUAUACGAAAAAUACCUGGCCAAAAUAUCGUGUAAAUUCGUAAAUUCUGGUAAGAGAAUAUAACAACUAAAAGUGUCAAAUAAGAAAAGCUGUUCAGUGUAUAAUGUAAGUGCAGUUAAAUCAUUUGUUCAUUCGAUAUUAUUUGAACCGCUGAAGCGUGACUAGAUGAUUAAGAAGCCCGAAACCUGCGUGUUACACCUUCCUUAAAUGAUACCGAGAUGCCCUUCAAUGUAGUUCGUUUCAGUUCGGAUCCAAACUUCGUCACCUUUCAUUAGUUCAAUGUUCCAGAACUCGCCUUCAGUGGUGAAAUGCCCGUUGCCAUAUAUAACCAUCGUGUCAAAGUUUUCGCCGUUCUUGACGAUAUGAAAGUACAAAACAUUCAAAACCACGACAAUGACUGACAGAUGGAAACCGUAGACGUUGUUCUUGGAAGCUGAGAAAAUUCCCGUUGUGUCUAUGUACGCACUUCCAGUAUUUGUUUUCACCUGGUCGAACACACUCAUUUAAUGAUGUCUGAUGUUCCUUACGCCAUGUGCCAAAACGCAAGCUGGGAACGCUAAACUGGACGCUUUCACCAGAAAAAGAAUGCUGUCAACGAUCUUGAUUAUCCACGAUAACAGAAACUUUUUAUGAAUAUGACAAAAAGGAACUACUAACAGAAUCAAUACUUUUUAUAAAUGUAUUAUACACGUGAAUGUGUAAUAUUGUUUUCUAGUUACAUUUAUAGCUUUUAUGUUUGGAUUCACCAUGAGAGGAUUUCUCCACUACUUGUUAGCGCUGCUCCGUUAUCUACACACGCACUAAUUAUGGUCAAAUAUUAAUUGCAUUGAAACCAUGACGAAAAAUAUCGAACAAUUGUUGCCUGGAUAAGCUUUUAUUGAUGAAUAUUUUUUAUAAGAAGUUACAAAAUAGCUACAACGAAGUUAUUGAAAAAUAAAAAUGACUGACAAAAUAUACAAAAACAGACCUUAAGCUUGUCCUCUUGAGUCACUAUUUUGCAGGUAAGAACGCGCAUUGUCUCUGAUACGGUGGUAUUUGUACACUGAAUUCCGCCUGUAUGUAUCAAAUUAAUGUAUCCAAAGCCUUACGUAAUUAUAAAAACAAAAAUCGUUGAAGCCAUUUUGGAAAUAAAACAAAUGUACACACAAUGCACAAUACUCUUGAUACGCUUGUAAUCAGGGUGAGGAAGCAAAGCAAAAUGCUUGUACGAGUAAUAGAGUUUGCUUAAAAGGGUAUACAUGCAUCUCUGAAGACUUAUAGAGACUUAACACAUUUUGGAAGUCCCAUGACCUACCGCACUAAAAGAAUGCUGUAGGCACGCACGUAAGGACACGGAAGUCACAUACAAUUUGAUGUCUAGUUUUGAAGUCAUGGAUCAUAGUAGUAUAAUUAUAAUGUUCACACACAUUUUGACUCGUUUUCACCGUUUAUUACUUGUAUUCCAUGGCAACUUACGUACUGACUUGAUUUAUAUAAGUACGUGUAUUGAUUUAUCAACUAUUCAUCAUGUCGUUCUUCUUUCAAUAAUUUGUUUUGACAU